AUGAAGCAGAUCAUCGAACAUACUACUGACCACCAGGAUGGCACGCAUGUUGCCGUCCUCUCAACUGAUAAGCCUCUACCUACAGCGCUAGGCGUCACCCUCAGCUCAGAGGAGAGGGAGCUCGCUCACCCCCCGCUCCUCUGGGGCAAGAUGCGAGAAUAUAUCCGCGAAGGCGCAUCCGAGUUCUUCGGCACAAUGAUCCUGGUUCUCUUCGGCGACGGCGUCGUCGCACAGGUCACCCUAAGCCGCGGCGAGAAAGGCGACUACCAGUCCAUCUCAUGGGGCUGGGGCCUCGGAGUCAUGCUCGGCGUCUACGCCAGCGGCAUAUCCGGCUCGCACAUCAACCCAGCCGUCACGCUAGCCAGCUGCCUGCUGCGGAAAUUCCCCUGGCGCAAGCUCCCCACCUACGUCGUCGCCCAAGUACUCGGCGCCAUAUGCGGCGCAGCCAUCGUAUACGGCAACUACAAGUCCGCCAUCGACGUCUACGAAGGCGGUCCCGGCAUCCGCACUGUGCCAGGGUACUCGCCGACAGCCACGGCCGGGAUCUUCAGCACGUACCCGGCGGCCUUCAUGACACGGACGGGCCAAUUCUUCUCCGAGUUCAUCGCCAGCGCCAUCCUCAUGUUCAUGAUCUUCGCUCUGAAAGACGACACAAACCUCGGUGCCGGCCCGCUCACUCCCCUGGCCCUGUUCUUCGUCGUCUUCGGCAUCGGCGCCUGCUUCGGCUGGGAGACCGGGUACGCCAUAAACCUGGCCCGUGAUUUCGGACCCCGUCUCCUGACUUAUAUGCUGGGCUAUGGGCCGCAUGUGUGGACGGCGGGCAAUUAUUACUUCUGGGUCCCCAUCGUCGCCCCUUGCCUUGGAUGCACCUUUGGUGGCUGGAUCUACGACAUGUUCCUCUAUACCGGGGCCGAGAGCCCGGUCAAUACACCCUACAUCGGACUCCAGAGACUCGUCACGCCGCUACAUCCGAAGCACAAGGGCCUAGGGAGCCAUGUAUGA